CUGAAAUUAGUAAUUCUCGUAAUGAAAAUAUUUUCUGGCGGCCUUCCGGCCUGGAUACUCCUCCGAGUGACGACGACGAGUCGAACGUAAACGGCGGAGGGACUGAUUGCUCGUGUGAUAUGUACUUUCUUCGAUCACACCGCUCGUUGGCAACCAAUCUCCCUCGUUGCCGACAUUUCUCUUCUCUGAUUGAAUCGCCUCCAUGGCCAUCCGGUUCGUCAAAAGUUCCCUUCCUCUACAAGCACGAUUCUCCCGAAGAAACGCAUCCAAAAAAUGCCGGAACCACCGCUAUUCUCCAGCUGCUCUCGUGGGGCAGAGGUUCCUCCGGCCAGCUCGGUGGCGGCAUUGAAGAAAUUCGUCUAUAUCCUUCUCCUGUGGCUAAUUUGAUUGUUCCCAAUAUCCAUACUCUCGCCCUAACCCCAGGUCAUCUUUCGUCACUCUCCGGUGAGAAUCAAGAUUGUGGGGAUGACGGUUCGUUUGAGGUCGGUAUUUCAUGUGGGUUGUUUCAUUCUUCUUUGCUUGUUGAUGGGAAAGUCUGGAUUUGGGGUAAAGGCGACGGCGGCCGUCUCGGUUUUGGCCAUGAGAAUCCUGUCUUUAUUCCUACUUUGAAUCCUCGCUUAGAGGAUAUUCGUUGCAUUGCUCUUGGGGGUCUGCAUUCCGUUGCGCUCAACUCGCUUGGGCAGGUUUUCACUUGGGGUUAUGGUGGUUUUGGUGCGCUUGGACAUUCUGUUUAUGUCAGAGAACUGAUCCCUAGAUUGGUAGAAGGCUCGUGGAGAGGGAGAAUAACACACAUUGCAACUAGCGGGGUCCAUACUGCAGCAAUCACGGAAUCAGGCGAACUCUAUACUUGGGGCCGAGAUGAAGGUGAUGGUAGAUUGGGCCUUGGUCCAGGUCGAGGCCCAAAUGAGGGAGGAGGACUGAGUAUUCCUUCCAGAGUGAGAGCAUUGCCUGCACCUGUAGCUGCUGUGUCCUGUGGUGGUUUCUUUACAAUGGCUCUAGGAGUGGAUGGGAAGCUUUGGAAUUGGGGUGCAAACACCAACUUUGAGCUUGGUAGAGGCAAUAAGAUUGGUGGUUGGGAACCAAAACCCGUUCCUAGUCUUGAAGAUACACCCAUCAUUCAGAUAGCUUGUGGUGGAUACCACUCACUUGCAUUAACUGGUGAUGGAAAAGUGCUUUCCUGGGGUUAUGGUGGACAUGGUCAGUUGGGUCAUUCUUCAAUACAAAAUGAAAAGAUGCCCAGAGUGAUUGAUGCUCUAGCUGACCAGCGAGUGAUCUAUAUUGCCUGUGGUGGUUCCUCUUCAGCAGCUAUAACAGCUGAGGGUAAAUUGUACAUGUGGGGAAAUGCUAAGGAUUCUCAAUUGGGUGUUCCUGGGCUGCCAGAGGCACAACCAUGUCCUGUGGAAGUCAAAUUUCUAAUGGAAGAUGAUGGGUUGGGUCCCUACCAUGUUUUAUCAGUUGCAGUUGGUGCAUCUCAUGCAAUGUGCUUGGUCUUAAGGAGAGACGGGAUGUAAAUUACGCGGUAGUGAUCCCGAGAAAUUUUUGCAAAUCUAGAAACAUAUGCCUGGUUUUGUUACAACUUACAAGGUGGGAUUAGGGAUUUGUACUGCAAGAACUGCUGCCCCUCGGCAUCUUUCAACAUAGGCGGUCUCUUUUGAUCAAAAAGAGUCAUCUGUAUUCCCUUUAGACCAGAUAAUCUGUAACACACGUAGAACAUGUUGAAAACACCAUAGAUAGACCAUAUUUAGUUUUAGUCUUUAUUAUCAGUUACUUUUUAUUGAAAGGUUUAUAUAGUAGUCAUCUGUUAAAUCACACAAUUAAGUUUCAAUCUUCCUUUUCACUCACUCAGGAGUCCAACUCAAAUCUCCUUUUGGUUUUAUUCAUGACAUUUAAGUUUCUCUCUUUUUCUCCUUUUUGUUUUACGGGGGAGAGAUCCUCUUUAAAAUGCAUAAAACCUGAAGAAUCGUCCCACCAACCAAAUCUUCACCUAACCAAAGUAGGAAAAUACUUAAUCCUCGUUGAAUAAUGUGCAUUCUACAUUAUUAGCAUUAUUGUAUGUUUCACAUUUGAAGUUAAACAUAAUACAUGUCUAUUCAUGAAGUUUUUUAUGGAAUGUGUCAAUGAUGUUUUCUCAUAAUGUCACUUUCAAUUAUUUGGUCAAGAUUGCACUGAUUAGUUUUGUAGGCUUCCAACUUGUGGUGCCAUGGCUAGAGGUAUACAAAGGGCAUCAUGGGGAUAAGCUUGAGGCAGACAGGUUAGUGUGGUCCUCUUGAUUAUUUAUUCAGCAACCAAAAAGGGCUAAAAAAAAAAAGUGCACAUAUUUCGUAGAUUCAAAGAUGUAGACCAAACCUGGUGAGAUAGGGAUCGGAAGCACAAACAUAAAGAAGAGCAACCAAGAUUGUGCUUAAAGAAACAGCUUUUAAGAUUGGUGUGUCAGUGAGUGCGUGCCCAAUGCCCCAAUGCCAAGCCCUUCUCUGUGUGUUAUGGGAGUCAUGCGUCUAAAGCUAAGUGGUUUGGUCAUUUAUUUGUUGAACCUCCAUGAAUCUGCAUUUCCUGCUUUUUCUCUUUCAGACUUCCAUUAUUAUAUGUUUCAAAUAUUACUUGGAAAUUCUAUGUUGCAGUGUCUUUUCUCUUUCCAUUCCUUGUGUCCCUACCAUGCAAUACUAUUAUCCUUUUCCUUGUGGGGUAUUGUGUUAGUAAGAUUGUUAUUUGGAUGAGGAA